GUGAAAAUGGGUUCGAAUCACAAAUGGGGGACAGAGUGCGAAGGAAGAAAGAAGCAGAAAAGCCAAAAGCUUCGGUUGGAAGAUCAUUUUAAUAGAGAGAGAUUCAGUGGAAUCUUCGAAUUAAUUAAAAUGAUGCUUGAAUGAUCGAUCGCAGCAAGACUUGCGUCGUGUUAUGUUGCUUAAUUAAAGUUCUCGCUUGUAUAUUGGAUUAAUCAUUUGCUUAGAAGCAAUCAAUCUAUGGGAGUCUUAACAUUGAUGUGAUAAAAUGGGAGCAGCUGAAGUAAGAGCACUCUGGCAAAGAAGAGCAAGCCGUUGCUUUCUUGUUCAUGAAGAUUCUACAAUGCCUCCGAGGUUAGCUUGUUGCCACCACCAACAACAACAACAGCAUUCUUCUUCUUCGUCUGGCAAAAACAGCUUUUCUUCUACAAGUUUUGGAGAUUCCUCUGAUUUCUCUUCCGAUACCAAAUGGUGGCUUAAAGGAGGAUCAGCUGGUUUUGAUGAGGAGAUUGCAAACUCCUUCCUCCAAGAUACCAAAUUGCAACAAUUCGUCGACUUGACCAAGAUAAGUAAAGAAGAAAAAGAAGAAGACUAUAGCUUUAUUAGCAAGAAAGAUACAGCUACAACUCCAUGGUGGAGAAGCGCUACGGAUCAAGAUGAGCUAGCUCUCUUGGUGUCCACUAGAUCCGUUGAUCAUCAUAUUCAAAACUGUGAUCUUCCUCCGCCCCAGAAGCUCCACAAGAGCAUUCACUGCACUACUAAUGGUGAAAAAGGGUUUCAGACAGCAGUUAUUAAAUCACCAUGGAAACAAGGUGCUUGGAGCGAUCGGUUUGAGAGCAGCAGUAAUAGCACAGAUAGCAAGAACACGAGUCCAAAGUCUUCUCCUAAGAGCGAUGAUCUAAUAAGCAAAGCUCAGCUUUUGGAAGCACUAAGGCAUUCUCAAACCAGAGCAAGGGAAGCAGAGGAAGCUGCCAAAGAAGCUUGCGCUGAGAAAGACCGUUUGAUAACUGUCUUGAUGAGGCAAGCGAGGCAGAUUUUAGCUUACAAGCAAUGGAUUAAGCUUCUUGAGAUGGAAUCUCUCUAUCUGCAGAUGAAGGAGGAGGAGGAAGAAGAACAAGGGCAGGUCGAAGGAAUGAAUCUGAAGAAGAAGAAGCAAAGAGGGAAGAAGAAGAAUAAGAAAAUGGGGGAGGUUGGGAGAUAUAUGAUGGCUUUUGCGUUGGGGUUUAGUCUCAUUGGUGCUGGUUUGCUCUUAGGUUGGACUGUUGGAUGGUUGUUUCCCUUCUAGAGUCUUGAAAAAAAACGUCUUUUGUUUGAUCUCUGCAGGAGUUUAGGUUUUCACUUUGCCUCUAAAAUUGUGUGUUAUGUGUGUUGUCUUCAUGUAUAUAUGUGUGUGAUAUUUCCUUCCAAUAUAUAAGUUUAAUAGUAUUAGUUU